AUGGAGGUCUACGCCCUCGAGCGCAAGCUCGGCCAGGGCUCGAUGGGCAGCGUCCACCUCGCACGCCGACGGUCGGACGGCCACCUCGUCGCCCUCAAGGCAGUCGCAGUCUGCUCCGUCAAGGAGCGGGAGCAGGCGGCAAACGAGGUGCAGAUCCUGAGGAGCCUGCGGCACGGCAACAUCGUGCGGUUGCUCGAUUCGUUCGUUCACCUCGACGAGGUGGUCCUGGCUAUGCAGUACUGCCCCGACGGAGACCUCGCUGAGCUGAUUGCACUGCAGCGCAAGAGGCUCGCGCCGCAGACCAUUCGCGCCUUCACCUGCCAGCUGGCGUCGGCGCUAGCCCACGUUCACUCGCUACACAUCGUGCACCGGGAUAUCAAGGCGUCGAACGUCUUCCUCGCACCCGAUGCGCGCGCCGGAGCGUGUGGCAGAGGCGCCGCUGCCGAUGGCACCAUGGUGCUGCUCGGAGACUUUGGGGUUGCCAAGGCGCUCGAAUCGACGCGCGCGAUGGCCUGCACCCAGUGCGGUACGCCCUACUACCUCCCGCCCGAGGUGUGCAACGGCUCCACCUACAACACGCGCGCCGACAUGUGGUCGCUCGGCGUGCUGCUGUUUGAGCUGUGCGCCCUUCGGUACCCCUUCGCGGCAGACACGCUCCCCGCCCUCGUGAUGAAGAUCCUCGGCGGCAAGUACCGUCAGCUGCCCUCCUCAACCCCGUCAGGGCUGUCCCCUCCGCCGCCGCCGCCGGAGGCCAAGUCGACGACGCCCGUGCCACCGGACGACCGAGGCGAGGAGGAGUCGCAUAGCAAGAGGCGCGAGUGUGGUCUUCAAAGUGGUUGGUGGCUCCAAUAG